UGUACAAUUCUCGGGGAUCCGUCCUCGGUUCACUGUUGUUCAUAUUGUAUUGCCUGAGGAGCUUAGGUGUCAUUUCUCCUGUUUUUGCUGUCGACCUUAAGCUCCGGGAAUCGGUCGGUAUCCCGAAUGACUCCCACUUUUUGCAUGCUUGCGCUUGGUAAGCUCUGGGAUUGGUACACUUUGUGGCAUUUACUUAUAAAUCUCUCCAAGUGUCUGCGACGGAUUCUGCGCAUUGGUUGGUGCGACAGAGUUGCGCACACCGAAUUGUUGCGCCGAAGUGGAAUGUAUACGGUGGACUGCAUACUUUUGCUGAAACACCUGAGGUGGCGUAUGGAUUCGACGGGAAUACCGACGCAGCUGUUAUAUGGUCAGCUGAGUGUUGGGAAGCGGAAUGUGGGGAAACCGAAACUUCCUUACCAGGACAUGAUCCAAGUCAUGGAAAUUGAAAGCGGUUGAUCGGCGUGCAUGGCGCGAUCUGAUCACGAAGGUCGUUGCCGAUGUGCAUGUGAAAGCCCUCCUGAAUGCAGAGAAUCGGCGGAAGCGACAGUCCCCGAUGGGUUGUAUUCCAUCGGUAUCGAGCACAUGGUACUGUAGCGCAUGCGUUCGCGAGUGCCUGAGUCAGGCAGGCCUAGUGAGCCAACCCCGAAACGACGACGAGUCCUGUGGUGAACAUAGGCAGAACCGGCGCAGCUUUUGUAGAGCCAACCAGCUUUUAUACCUCCAUUUUAUCCCAUUAUUGAUGGUAAAUGCUCCGAACGAAUCCAGCGUUUGUACUGAUGUGCACGAAACAUCUCCGAGAGUGAACCUCGCAAAACCGAUGGACAUCGGCUCUCGCACUGACAGUCUUUUGAAGAAGUUGCAACAUUUGGAGCGUGAAAUCACUAAUCUGGAAAGAGAAUUAUCUGCCUUUAGUUGUGAUGAUUCCAUCUCUCGACAAGAAGGCAGCAACUUGAGCACACACAGUAGUCUGGAAUUUAAACAAACGUUUUUAUCCUGCAUGGAGACUGAACUGGACUCAUUGGAGCGGAAAAUGAAAGUUAUUAUUUCUUCGGAAGUGGAUUGCUAGUCGUCGUCGUC